AUGCGUUCCAUUUAUUUAUUGGUGCUGCUGACUUCAAAACAGCAAGUUGUUUUGAGCGUGCGGCCGACGCAGAACUCGAACCAAUGCUGUGAAAUCAGGACGCCGCCCACGGAUCCGAAAACUGCGGCAAGCAAAAUCAAAGAAGUCUGCGAGGUGGCUGCAUUGGAUGACGGUGAGAAUGUGACAGUUGAAACACUCCGCAAGUGCGCAGAUGAAUUGCAGAAAUAUGCCGAAACGACCAAGCAGGGCAUGGUGGAGUCCAUCGAAGCGGAGAAGGAAUUUGUCAAACAAUAUUCCAAAGCUGCACAGCAGAUUGCGAGAAUAGGUGAUGUGGAGCGCAUUUGGCAAAGCGUUCAGACCGACACCAACAAAUCUUUGCAAGUGCUGUUGGGUGAUGCCGAUGAGACAGACAAGCUGGCGAAGAAGAUGCGGCCGCAGACACUGCCGGGUGAAACGGCAGAGCGUCAAGCAUCUUGA